GAAAAAAGAUAAUUGAGUAGAAAAGCACAGAGAUCAAAACUGCAUCUUGGGAAACCCGAAGGGAUAUCUCCAAAGAGAGGUGCCUGUUCUACAGCAGAGAGAGAGAAUUCACUCUCCAUAUAUGUCAAUGUGCAGCAGCCAGGGAGUGUGCACACAGUGUUCCUCAUGUUGCACUGCUGCAUGCUUCUACAUUAAAGCAGGAGGAGAACGGUGCUAUUUGCAGUGCAGCGUGGGAUUCCCUUAUGCAGGGAUCUAUAGGGGUUUGUGAGAUCAGCAAAACGCUUUUUAAGCCCCCUAGGUACUGUUUUCCUGUCUCCCACCAUGCACGGCAGAAAAGAACCAGGUACCAGGGAACUUUCUCUUAUGCGGAUGGAAUAACAAAAUCCAGCAGUUUGGGUACAGAAAGGAUUUGAUCCUUGGAUAUACCACAUCCACUUUCACACCAAAGACAGAAUAACAUGGCAUAAAACAUGGCUCAAUUUUACUAUAAAAGAAGCUCCAACUCGCCCUACCAGGACCGGAUUCCUCUUCGCAUUGUGCGUUCAGAAUCUGAGCUCUCCCCAUCUGAGAAAGCAUACCUGAGUGCUGUAGAGAAAGGGGACUAUGCCAGUGUAAAACAAGCACUCGAAGAAGCAGAAAUAUAUUUUAAGAUCAAUAUUAACUGCAUCGAUCCUUUGGGAAGAACUGCUUUACUUAUUGCCAUUGAAAAUGAAAACCUUGAACUCAUUGAGCUACUUUUGUCUUACAACGUCUAUGUUGGUGAUGCGUUACUGCAUGCUAUAAGAAAGGAAGUUGUGGAAGCAGUAGAACUACUUUUAAAUCAUAAGAAGCCAAGUAGAGAAAAACAGGUCCCUCCAAUCCUCCUCGAUAAACAGUUCUCAGAAUUUACACCAGAUAUCACUCCAAUAAUAUUGGCUGCUCAUACAAACAAUUAUGAAAUCAUAAAGUAUUUGGUACAAAAGGGUGUUUCCGUGCCUAGGCCUCAUGAGGUUCGGUGCAAUUGUGUUGAAUGUGUCUCAGGCUCUGAUGUGGAUAGCCUCCGACAUUCCCGAUCAAGGCUAAAUAUCUAUAGAGCUCUAUCAAGUCCCUCUCUUAUUGCAUUAUCCAGUGAAGAUCCAUUUUUGACAGCAUUUCAGCUGAGCUGGGAGCUGCAAGAGUUGAGCAAAGUGGAAAAUGAAUUUAAAUCAGAGUAUGAGGAACUGUCAAGCCAAUGUAAGCAGUUUGCCAAAGAUCUCCUAGUUCAGACAAGGAGUUCCAGAGAAUUGGAAAUUAUUCUUAACUACAGAGAUGAUGGUGGAUUGUUGGAUGAAUCGAUUGGCAAUGACCUUGCUCGAUUAAAACUAGCAAUUAAAUACCGCCAGAAAGAGUUUGUUGCUCAGCCCAAUUGUCAACAGCUGCUUGCCUCUCGAUGGUAUGAUGAGUUUCCAGGAUGGAGAAGAAGACACUGGGUAGUGAAGAUGGUGACCUGUGUUAUAAUAGGACUUCUCUUCCCCAUUUUCUCUUGUUGCUACUUAAUAGCUCCUAAAAGCACCUUCGGACUCUUCAUCAGAAAGCCCUUCAUCAAGUUCAUCUGUCACACUGCCUCAUACUUGACUUUUCUGUUCCUUCUACUACUUGCAUCGCAAAAUAUCAACAAGAUGGAGCUGCAGGGACCGGCACCAACCAUUGUUGAGUGGAUGAUAUUACCGUGGGUUUUGGGCUUCAUAUGGGGAGAAAUUAAACAGAUGUGGGAUGGUGGAUUCCAGGAUUAUAUCCAUGACUGGUGGAACUUGAUGGAUUUUGUAAUGAAUUCCUUGUAUUUGGCAACAAUUUCAUUGAAAAUUGUUGCAUACGUCAAGUUUCAAGGACAGCGCAAUCGAAAAGAAUGGGAACAGUGGCACCCAACACUGGUGGCAGAAGCCUUCUUUGCUAUUGCCAACAUCUUUAGCUCCUUGCGACUGAUCUCACUGUUUACAGCAAAUUCUCACCUGGGCCCUCUACAAAUCUCUUUAGGGAGAAUGCUCCUGGAUAUUUUAAAGUUUCUCUUUAUAUAUUGCCUUGUAUUGCUGGCAUUUGCAAAUGGAUUGAACCAAUUAUAUUUCUACUAUGAAGCAGAUGGUAAAAGCCAAGACUGCAAAGGAAUCAGAUGUAAAGAUCAGAAUAAUGCCUUCUCAACGUUAUUUGAAACGUUGCAGUCACUGUUCUGGUCUAUUUUUGGCCUUAUCAACUUGUAUGUGACAAAUGUAGAUCCAAAACAUGAAUUCACAGAAUUUGUUGGAGCCACAAUGUUUGGAACUUACAAUGUCAUCUCGUUGGUUGUGCUUCUAAACAUGUUAAUUGCCAUGAUGAACAAUUCAUACCAGCUUAUUGCUGACCAUGCAGAUAUUGAAUGGAAGUUUGCAAGAACAAAGCUGUGGAUGAGCUACUUUGAAGAAGGAGGGACUCUUCCCACCCCUUUUAACAUAAUUCCAAGCCCAAAGUCGUUAUGGUAUUUAAUUAAAUGGAUAAGAAAGCAGAUCUGUAAGAAGAACAUGAAAAGAAAACCUGAAAGCUUUGGAGCAAUUGGGAGAAGAGCAGCUGACAAUUUGCGAAGAAAUAAUCAAUACCAGGAGGUUAUGAAAAAUCUGGUUAAAAGAUAUGUUGCGGCCAUGAUCAGGGAUGCGAAGACCGAAGAAGGUUUAACAGAGGAAAAUUUUAAGGAAUUAAAACAGGACAUUUCUAGCUUCCGCUUUGAGGUUUUGGGGUUGCUAAAAGGAAAUAAAUUUCAUAUCCAAUCUUCAAAAAUGAAAAAUGGCGUCGAAGAUAUCCUAGAGACUGAAGAAAGUUGUAAAAUAAAGGAAAAAAGAAGUCGAUCACAGAAAAACACUUUCAGCCUCUUCGACAUAACAACUAUGAUCCGUCCCAAAACAGAGGCCUCUGAAAUGCACAAGAGCAUGAGCAAUGGGUCAGCCUUAUUGGCCUCAGAAAGUACCAAGGAGAAAAAGAGAAAAAACAGCUUUGUUGCAGACAUAAAAAACUUUGGCUUUUUUCAAAGUGGUCCCAAAUCAAACUUGUCAGUUCCGAUUUCCGAGACAAUCUACUCUGUUUCCGAAGACGUCGCCAACCAACAAGACACGGAACCAUGUGAAAACACGGUUGACUUACAAGUCAAAGAUUCAGAGAUGCACUGCGGACUAAAUGUCUGUAAAUCAAAUGAACAAUAUGACCUCCCUCCCAGCAUAGAAAAUACCUCAGAAAUUCUGUCUCAAGAACCCUCGGACAAUCACGGUUCUGUCGUUUUAAAUGAACCUUCUACGGGUGCCCUUAAACAAACCGAUUUGCCUGCAGAUGAAAAUAGCACAAUGGUAGAAUCAACCAAGGAAGAAGAUUCUAUAACAAGACUGUGAUUUCAAAAUAAAAAAAUGACAGGUCCUG